CCCUCCUCCCUCCGUCCCUGCCCGGCUCCUCACACGCCGGGAGCCCCUCUCGCCGCGCAGCCGGGGCUCGGCUCCAGGGGACGAUGCUCUGGCGCUCCAGCGGCCGGGCUCUGGCUCCGCUGCUCCGCUCCCCCGCGGUCCCCUUCGCCGCCUGGCUCCUGCUCAGCCCCCUGUGGGGCCAGAUGUCUCUGGCUUCCUCCCUCCUGACAGGAUCUGUUGCAAAAUGUGAAAAUGAAGGGGAAGUUCUACAGAUCCCAUUUAUCACAGACAAUCCUUGUAUAAUGUGCAUUUGCCUGAAUAAAGAAGUGACAUGCAAACGAGAGAAGUGUCCAGUUCUUUCCAAGGAGUGUUCUCUGGUCAUUAAGCAGAGAGGAGCCUGCUGUGAGCAAUGCAAAGGUUGCACUUUUGAAGGAAACACCUACAACAGCUCCAUGAAAUGGCAAGCCUCAGCUAAUCCAUGUAUUGCAUAUCAAUGUCAGGAAGGAGUGGUAACAGAAUCUGAGAUGCAGUGUGUUGUUCAUUGCAAAAACCCUUCUGAGCUGCCGGGAAUGUGUUGCCCCACAUGUUCAGGUUGUAUAUUUGAAGGUAGACAUUACCAUGAAGGGAAGGAAUUUCAGCCUGAAGGAAACAAAUGCACCAAGUGUUCGUGUAUUGGAGGCAGGACACACUGCGUACAAGAAGUCUGCCCCAUUCUGUCAUGUCCCCAGCAUCUCAGUCACAUUCCUUCUGGACACUGUUGCCCCAAAUGUUUAGGCCAGAGGAAAGUGUUUGACCUCCCAUUUGGAAGCUGCCUCUUUCACAGUGAUGUUUAUGACAAUGGAUCCUCUUUCGUUUAUGACAACUGCACUAUGUGUACCUGUAGGAAUUCUACAAUGGUAUGCAAGAAGAAGUGCUCACCUCCUGGAGAAUGCAAUAAAAGCAAGGAACACUGCUGCAAGGAGUGUGUCUCAUACGUCUCUCCUGAGGAACUGAAAGUGUGCAAAUUUGGGAAUAAGAUCUUUCGGGAUGGAGAGAUGUGGUCCUCUGUUAACUGCACCAUCUGUGCUUGUGUGAAAGGCAAGACAGAGUGUCGCAAGAAGCAGUGCAUUCCAGUCAACAGCUGCCCUCAUGGUAAGAUCCUGAACAGAAAAGGAUGCUGUCCUAUUUGCACUGAAAAGCCUGGAGUUUGCACUGUAUUUGGAGACCCCCACUACAACACUUUUGAUGGAAGGACAUUUAACUUUCAGGGAACAUGUCAGUACAUUUUGACAAAAGACUGCUCCUCCUCUGCCUCGGCCUUCCAGGUGCUGGUGAAAAACGAUGCACGUCGGACCCGUUCUUUCUCCUGGACAAAAUCUGUGGACCUUGUGUUGGGCAGAAGCACUAUCAGCCUCCAGCAGCACCUCACAGUGAAAUGGAAUGGGACCCGGAUAUCACUGCCUUGCGAGACUCCUCAGUUUCAGAUCGACUUGGAUGGUUAUUUGCUGAAAGUGACAACCAAAGCAGGCUUGGAAAUCUCCUGGGAUGGAGACAGUUUUGUCGAAGUCAUGGCUGCACCACAUUUGAAAGGCAAACUCUGUGGCUUGUGUGGCAACUAUAAUGGGCACAAGAGAGAUGACCUGGUAGGAGGUGAUGGGAAUUUUAAGUUUGAUGUGGAUGACUUUGCUGAAUCCUGGCGCAUGGAGUCGAAUGAGUUCUGCAGUCGCCCACAGAAGAAACCUGUACCUGAACUGUGCCAAGGAACAGUGAGGGUAAAACUUCGGGCCCACAGGGAAUGCCAGAAACUCAAGGCUUGGGAGUUUCAGAAUUGUCACUCAACAGUGGAUUAUACUACGUUCUAUCGGUCCUGUGUAACAGAUAUGUGUGAGUGUCCAGUUCAUAAAAAUUGCUACUGUGAGUCAUUCCUUGCCUAUGCCCGAACCUGUCAGAGAGAAGGGGUGAAAGUCCAAUGGAAACCUGAGCAGCACUGUGCAGCAACCCAGUGUAAACAUGGUGCAGUGUAUGAUACUUGUGGCCCUGGAUGUGUCAAAACAUGUGACAACUGGAAUGAGAUCGGUCCAUGCAAUAAGCCAUGUGUUGCAGGUUGCCACUGUCCAGCAAACUUAGUUCAUCACAAAGGAAGAUGCAUCAAGCCAGUCCUCUGUCCACAACGGUGACGUUAGUUCUAUUUCCAAAGACUAUAAUGUUGGUAUCUUUGAUACCUUUGAAGCUCACAGCCAAUGAAGGACUGCACUGUUUGUAUGCAGAUUCUGCAAAGUAUACAUAUACUCAAUGUUUGUGUAUAUAUGUGUGUGUGUGUAUAUGUAUAUUUAUGUGUCUAUAUAUAUACACACACAGGCACAUAUAUACAUUUAUUUAUAUAUACACACACAAAUGUACAUACAUUUAUUUAUAUAUAAAUGUAUACUGUGUGUGUGUAAAUACACAUCUGUACACCAAAUAUAAAUACAACAUAUAUAUACACACACACACACACACACAGAGAAAUAUACAUCAUUUAUGUAAACAAUAGAAGGAUGAAUUAUUUUAUGUAUAUUUUUUGCUAUAAACUUUAUGUAUUAUUUGUAGGAUCCUAAUCUGUAAGCCAUUUGAGUCAUCGUACAAAUAAAACAAGUGUUUUUAAUACAAUACAGUGGCAUGAAAACAUUGGGUGACUUUGCCAUUGCAUAAACUUGUAGUUUCCAAGGAAAUUUUUCUAGGGCCAUAGCAUUGCCAAACUGGAUUAUCUUCAACAGAGAACCUGGAUUUACAAUUGUACAGUUUUCAGAAGAUUUACAGUUCUUCUCUGGAAAUUUAUCUAGGAAUAUUUCAUGUGUACCUCAGAGCUGUCUAGUGAUUGGUGACAGUGUUUAAUGGUGCAGAGAAAGCUAAGAAUUGGAUUUUAUGCUUAAUUGAAUCACUGUAUAAAAUGACUUCCAAAACUGGAUUGGCCAACUGCCAAUAAAGAGAGAUUUGUUUUUGGAACAGAACCAAAGAAUCAAUGGCCAGAUUCUCAAGUGUGUUCAACAUGCAGCAACUCCCAUUGAAAAACUGACCUCUUAUCAUUUAAUAGAUUAAAUAUCCUAUAUGUGUUGUUAUAUUUGGCAUUAACUGGGAAUGACCAGUAAAGAACCAAGGAAAAAAACUUUAGCCCCCUUACCAUGUUUUAAGCCACUGGUUUUGUUUCAUGCAUUCUUAGAAAUAUUACUGGAUAAACAAAACGUAAAUAUUGUGAAGUAAGAUGCAAUAUAAUUUUGCUGCAGCUUGAUACUUAAAAUAACCUUGGCUCCCUUUUUUAGUAACGCAUUUCAUUGGUCAGCAUGUUUAGAACUCAAAGGCAAAUUCUCCUAAAGAACAGUGUAGAAAAUGUUAAAUGAUAAAUGCCGGCAGCUACCAAUUUCAUCUAUCUUCAUGAACUAAGGGUAUGUCUUCACUACCAGCUGGAUCAGUGGGCAGCGAUUGAUCCAUCAGGGAUCGAUUUAUCGCAUCUAAUCUAGACCAGUGGGGAUCAACUUAUCACAUCUAGUCAAGACAUGAUAAAUCGAUCCCCGAGCGCUCUCCUAUUGACACCUGUACUCCAGCUCAGUGAGAGAUGCAGGCAGAGUUGACAGGGGAGUGGCAGCAGUCGACUCACCAUAGUGAUUAAGUUUUACGGGCAAAAAAGAUUUAUGGAAAGCAAAUUUCAUAGUCACACAUACAAGUAUUUGUGGAAAACCAAACUGUAAAUGUGCAAGUGCUCAUCCAAUCAGGACACAGAAACAAUACUGUGUAACUUAUCUAACCAAUCACACAUUGUAGCAAUGCUGCUGAAAUUCAGAAUGUUUGCAAUCAGUCCAUAGAGUAAAAAGAUGAAAUGAUAGUUGCUAACAAAUUUCAAAUAUCAAUUAAAUCUGAGGAAAUAGCAAUCUGUUUGGGCUGUUCCAUGGUGGGGCUGGGAGUGGGGCUAAAUCUAUUGAACAUGUUACUUGCCGUGCUCUAGUAUUGUUUUUUUUUUUUAAUUUUUACAUAUCCAUCAAUAAAACGUACUUAAAAAUGAGCAAAGGUUAAGAAGAACACACACAAACUGCUCAUGGUGAAUACUGUGCAGCUCCUGAGAUUUUUCGCCAGGUUUUUGUUCUGAAUGAUCAUGAUGAAUGAAAGGUUAAGAGACAUGUCCUCAGUUGCUAUAUGUCAGUAUAGCUCUGCUGGUAAAUAAAGCUAGGCCUAUUUACUCCAGAUGAAGCCUAGGUGUGGCCCAAAGUUUCUGUGAAAAAACAAACUCUUAGGCUCGACUCUUUCAGUCUGGACCCUGACCUGGGUAUCAGCUCAGAUACAUCGUAGCUUAGCUUUGCUUUGUUAUAGCUUCCUGGGGCUGUAGGGUACCAAGGAUUCCUUUGCCUAACACUCAAGGGAAUGGUAAGGCUGCACUCUGCCCUGCUCAUGGGGGGAAAGAGGCUGCCUUCUCCUCCCCUGAGACCAGUGCAUGACUGGACAGAGUAUCACUGUUAAGGUUCUAUUCAGCAGAAAUUCCACAUGAACAUCUGUAAUGCCUUGCACCCAGCUGAGGAAUUCAGCAUAAAUAUCAGCUGGGAAUGCAGAAGCUAUUUGCCUUUCCCCUUUCUCCCAAAAUAUUAUAGGGCUGUAGUCUUGACUCGCUUGAAGUCAAUAGCAGAACUCCUAUUAAUUUCACUGGAGCAAGGAUUUCAUCACAGACGCCUCCCUAAUAGAGCUACUCAGAGGUGCUGAAUUCAUUUUACUUCUGCCAUCCUUCCACUGUGAAAUAUUAAUCCUGGUACACUAGAGCUGGAAACUUCUGGUAUAUGGCUGUAGAUAUUAUUUUUGUAAUUUGCAAAACAGAUCUAGCUUUAAUAUGCCAUGAUGAUAGUGUAUUUUUAACCAUUGGCUCAGGAGCAAUGUACUGGUUGCUGUUUUGAUAUUCUUGGAUGGAAAUCGUACUCUGAUGCCUGCAUCAAGUUUGUGCAUUAAAACGUUGAUAUUGCUUAUGCCUAUCUGUUAGUGUGACUUUGUGCAAAUUCAAAGGGUGAUGGAUGUUUCAAAAGAGCAGAGGUUCUAACCAAACAGUGGUCUAAAAGAAAAGCCCAUAGAAAGGCACUGUAGUCCAAUGGGUGAAAUAGAGGACUGGGAAUUAAGAGACUGGAGUUAUAUUUUUAGCUCUGCUACUAAUUUGUGUGACCAUUUAGCAAAUCAUUUAAUAUCUGUGCCUCCAUUUCCAGCUCAAGAAAAUGGAAUUGAUAUUUACCCAUCUUUGUAAAGUGCUUUGAGGUAAAUUGAUUAAAAACAUAAAUAUAAUAUAAGUUGGUCGAAUUCAGAGUGUUAUUUUACCAGCAUAUGAAGAUCUGCCUUGGGUUGAAGCAAUCCCAAAUUUUUGCCAUUGCCUUUAUUCCAAAGGGUCUCAAUUUAUUGACAAAUUUGAAGACAAAAUAUAUUAGUAUCAUUGUAUUUUCUUUCUGCUCUUCUUUUAUCUAAUUGCUGUCAUUGGUGGGAGUUGUGAACCAUGGAGAGGUAAUACUAUUCAAAAUAAAUAAUUUGGGUAUAUCACACACCUCUGUAGAUGCUUCUGUAUUUCCUGGAAGGUCUUUCUCAUGGAAAAAAAAGUUAUGAAUCUGCUAAAAGUGAAAAGAUGGAAAUGAGAGGGUUCCUAAUAUCCUACCCACAUGUAGCUGUUUCCCUGCAGGAGAUGAGACACUUCCAGCAGCAACCCUAGAAGAUAUAACUUGCUUCUCUGGUGCAGGAGAAGUACAAACACUGGAGAGCACCAGCUGGCCUCUCACUGACAACACUUUACUGUUAUUAAAAUGGACUUUGAGUGCCUAGAUAGAAACCUUCUAUUUGCCCUUCUUCAAAGUAUGCUUGGGGGUCCAUUGCAUUGCAUCACAGAACAAUGACAGAGGAAUGUGACAGAACUAUGUAGAGCCAGAAGAGUAGAAGGGUCAGAUUUAAGCAACAGAAUUUGGCAAUGCAGUGGUAAGAUAGUCAAGCCUUGGGAGCUCCUUGCAGCCUUAUUAGUCUCAGACAACCCUUACCUAAGGACAUAUUUUUGAAAAAGUCUCUACAUUUGGGAGAGGAGUUCUUUACAUGGACACAGAGUUAGGACACAUCUCCUGUGUUCCCUGAUUCCACUAUUUCAAGAAGCUUUGCGUUGAGAGAAGAAUGCCUCAGAGGGUAUGCAAGGUAAGCCCAUGCUGGAGCCCUGGCUCAAGGCUGACCCCUCUUAUGGCUACACUGCAAUUGCGUUAACCCAGGGCUCAGACCCAGGGCCCCAGGACCCUGCAGGGCUGGAGGGUCCAAACUUGAGUCAAGCUGGGAGUCAGAGUUCAAGCCCUGUUGCUUUGUAGUGUAGCUACAGCCUGCUUGACUCAGGUCCUGAGAGUCAUCCAGAAGUAUCCCACAAUUCCAUGUGAUAACUUUCCUUAGUCCUGUCUAUCCCAACAAUCUGGUUAAAAAGACAAUGUAGAUGCUCAAGCCCAGGGUUCCCUAACAUGGAUCAGAUUAUUUUAGUCCUACUAACACUGGGUUUACAUUGCAGUGUAGACAUACCCAGAGAGACAGUCUCCUGUGCAAUUUUUUUUUCUGGAAAAAUGCAUACACCUGUAUGGACACUACACAAUGCUUUUGUUCUCAUCUUCCUGUCCCUAGUCAGUGAAGAUAGUUGUACAUAUUAGGAAUUUCUAGUGCCUUUGUCACUGUAGAAUAUGAGCUCCAAAUAGCAUAUUUAAGAAUUGCAUAGAAUUAUCCAUAGUAGACUGUAAAAUCCAGACCUUAUCUGGGUGCCUGAAAUGUCCUUGACUGUGUUCAGAAGGGGGUGCAAUAACAUAAGGCACUGAGAGAGGCAGCAGAGCAAACUGAAGCGAGGGGCAGAAAAGUGUGAAAAAAAAGAACCUAAUAAUUGUAAUCAAAGAAUUUUCCUCAUCAAGGUUACACUGUCAUUCUCAGAGAAUGUGUUAAAUUCAGAUCUGAACAUGUGAUUUCCUCCUCCAUAAAUGAUAAGUGACAUACUUAUGUUCUGCUGUGAGCUGGGUUGGGGUUGUGACCAAACAUAGGAAUGAGAUCUGAAGCUAGGAAAAGGUUUUUAUUUCUUGGAUCAGGAUUAGGCAUACGCCUGCAGAAUUCAAAGAGGGCUGCCUGGUGCUCCCACUAUAUAACAAGCAUGUUUUGGUUCUCUGUGGGAUAUAUAUUUUAAAGAACAUAAAACAAUUCUCAAGCGUACAACAGUGAAGAAAGGGUUGCAAUUGUUCAAUUAUAAUUAGUACUAGACUUUUCCCCCCCUAUAUUAAGAGCUCACAAGUUUUCAGCAACGCAGAUCUUACUUUGCAGUUUACAUUGUACAUAAAGCUGCAUUUUAAAAAUUGUAAGAGAUUUUAAGCGUGGAAUUAUCAAUCUGCAUAGUCAUUCAUUUGUUUUUAAAAAAAUUAUUAUGGUUUAUGCAGAUCCAUGUGAAGGGGAUCGGUGACUUUCAGGGAGAAAAGGGGUCAAUAUCUAAAGAAUAUUUUAUGGAUUGGUAUGAUUUACUAUGUCCCCAUUUGAUUGGAUAUCGUUCCAGCAACAUCAGUAUAAUUUCUUUUUUUGCACGUCCAAGCGAAAUUAUUGGAAUAUAAGAAUUGCUAAACUUGACAAGCCAAUGAUAUAUUCCAGUGAUAGAUAGUACCAUAUUUCAGAAAAAGGUGUGUGAAACCUCAGGAUGGACACCCUAACUCCAGGUAAGUAGUUGGUAUUUUAAGGACCCAAUCCUAUAAAGCACAUUUAAGGAUGCUCAAUUUUGAGCAUAUAAGUAAUCCCAUUGAUGCCAAUCUGGAUCAGGGCCAGAGUGUUCAGCACCUGGCAGGAUCGAGUCCUAAACUCUUGGGCUCAAUAAUACUAUGAUAGUUUGGUAUAGGGUUACCAGAUAGUAACUGUGAAAAAAAUGGAAUGGGGUCAGAAGUUAUAGGUGCCUAUAUAAGAAAAAGUCCCAAAGAAUGGGACUGUCCCUUUAAAAAUGGGACAUCUGGUCACCCUAGCUUGGUGUCUCAUUAUUAAUUCUAUAAUGAGAGCUUUUAUAGGAGCAUGCCACUGAGACCUGCUAGAGUAUUACAGCUCUGCUUGUGUUUUCUAGCAUUAGUUGGCACUAAAGUUUUAAAGGGUUGGAAAGAUUGCACCUGAUGAUUUUGUGCUUGAAGGUUUCAGACUGCCUAAUUUCCAGCUUUAUUUUUGUACUUUUCGCUGAUGAAAAGUGAAAAUAUAGUGGGCCUGAUUCUGCUCUUGCAUGGGUGUAAAUCAGGAAUAACUUCAGUGAAGUCACUGUAAUUACACCAGUGUAAAACUGGUUUGAGGUGAGAAUAACGCUACCAUGGCUCUAGUGGAGGACUAUCCAGGUCUUUGUAGUAGUGCAAGUAAUCCACACUACUGACCUGACUGCUAUAAACUGAAUGUCUUUUAAGAAAUCACUUGGCUUAUUAAGGAUAACUGGCUUUGGCUUUGUGAUGCGGCAUGGCCGCGGUUUGUCCCGCAGUGGGGCUGUGGGAUAUCCCACCGCCUCGCUGUUAGUAGCCUUAAGCCCGGGCCCUGGUCAGGGCGGGGCAACAAUCAACGUGAGUCACUACGCUCAGGCCUGUGAGCAGGGCGGAGCAGCGAGCACAGUAAAUCAAGAGGCUCAGGCCCUUAGGCAGGGCUGAGCAGUAAUAGUUCUAGGCCUGGCCCUUAGGACAAGGCAGGGCAGCAAACACAGCAAGUCAAUGGGCUCAGGUUUCGGCCUCCUCAGGCCAGGGAAAGGGAGGAGUCUUCCACCCUGGAGGAGCGGCAGGGGGGACGCAGGUCCUCCCACUCCACUGUGUCCCUAGCAGCGACGAGGAGUCACUGCUGUCAGUGGGGAUCCUGGCCGCAACACACUGACAUUGGUUCUGGCAGUGCUGCAGCCAGACUGGGGUCGGCUACCCCCGGGCAACUUCCAUUCUCCCCCUCAUCAAGUACCUGAGUUGUCACAGUGUCAGCAGAGGGGUCGAGCACCAUCGGUUCUUAGGGGUAAGAGUCCAUGGGUGAGCUCAGCGGGUCCUCGGGGUAGCGGGCAAGCGGCAGGCUCGGCUCCUCCUUGGGGUAGUGGGCAAGUGGCAGGCUCGGCUCCUCCUUGGGGUAGUAGGCAAGCGGGGUAGGCUUGACCAGUCCUCCUCGGGGUAACGAGCUAGGGGUAGGCUCGGCCAGGCCUCCCCGGGGUAGUGAGCAAGGGAUAGGCUUGGCCGGCUGGGUGCAACAUCAGGCCGGCCACGACCUUCUGCUGGCUCCCCAGUGGGAGCUCGGUCACAGACAUCUGGUGUCUCUGGGGGCCCACUGAGCUCCGCCGGUGAGCUUUUGUGCUUCCGGGUCUGCCCGUGACCUCUGAGGGGCAGGCGCAGGCCCCAGUGGCCCCGCCCACAGCAGGGUUGGGAAAGGUUUCUACCGCAGCGGGGCUGUGGGAUAUCCCACUGCCUCGCUACAGGCUUCUUGCCAAGACUGUACCUCUGGUACUGUUCUAUUGGAAUAAAAAUCUCUCCUAAUCCAACUCAGUGUAUAGUUUGUUACCAUCAUUCUUGUUGUGGCUGAAUUCCUAUGUGUGAGUGAAAGAAUGAAAAAAAUAUUUUGAAAGCAAUUUGCUAUAUUUAACCUAUUUUCAUGAAAAUGAAAUGGGACCUCAAUGAAUAUAAUAAGGAAGAAAUAAGUGAUGUGUGUUACUUUAAGAAGGAAGGAGGAUUUUUGAAACAGGAAAUUAAUUGUUUUCAUUUAGUUCCAGUAUUAAUCAUCUUCAUCGCCCUGAUCCAAUGCCCAUGAAAGCCAAUGGAAAUAUUCCCAUUGACCUCAAUGAAUGCUGGCCCAGACCCUAAAUGGAUGUAUAGUAGUGCAGACGUACUGUUAAAACGUCACACUAUUGGGGAAAAAGGGUGAAGCAAAAAAAUGGGUGUAGAAGAGAAAGUGUCUCCUCAUAUGAAGGGUUUUGGCUGCAGGUUAAGAUCCCUAAGGGACUUUGGCACCUAAAUAUACUUGAGAAUCUGAGCCUAAGUGCAUAUGAGAAUCUAAACUCCACCAAAGUGAACUUUGGUCCUGAUUCUCCUGGCACUUACACAGAUAUACAUGAGGAGUCAUUCCACAGGAGGCCACGGAAUUACAUUGGUGUCAAAUCCGGAGACUGAAGCUCUUUCUGUCUCUCUGUUGGUUUAGAGUAACUGUUUAUUACACUGAGAGUGGCUAACAGAGAAAAUGGAAGGAAAAUUACAGUGUGUAUCAUACAUCUUAGAUGUCUGAAGCCAUCAAUGUAUAUAUUGGUUAUUUGAAAUAUUUUAUAUGCAGUUUAAGGUUAAUGCCCAAUAAUGUAAAACAUCCCAGAAUAGUGUUAUUUGACAAUUGCAUGUUCUAAGUCUCUUAUUUUUCUUUUUCUAGAAUUUUAGUGGUAUCUCCUGAGGUUCAUAUAAAAUAUAUUUAAAAUUCUACUAAAUCUCCUUCUACAGUUAGUCGGAAUUUAUGUAUCUGUUGAAUUCUAUGUGAUUGUGCAGAUUAAUGUACCUGAGAUGUUACUGUACAGUUUUCAAAUGUAACUUGACAUUAGUUCUAAGGCUUGUUUUUAAGUGUCUACGCAGUUUU